CCCCAAAAGGCUCUGCAAAGAUGCUGCUCUUCGGAUGGGUGUAGACGCGCAGCAGGCGCGCCCGUUGCCCGCUGCUCUCGGUGCUCCCCGCCCCGCCGCCUGCCCGGCUGCAAGAGGAACGGAGCUCAGCUCUCCCCUCCCCUGGCGCGCCAGCCCGACUCGGCGGCCCCGUCCGGGCACUCGCAGUCGCGCUCCGCCCGGCGGGCGCUCGCCGCGGCUCACCAUGCACUGCCACGCCGAGCUGAGGCUGAGUUCGCCCGGCCAACUCAAGGCAGCCAGGCGGCGCUACAAGACUUUCAUGAUCGACGAGAUCCUGUCCAAGGAGACCUGCGACUACUUUGAGAAACUCUCCCUGUACUCCGUGUGCCCGUCUCUGGUCGUGCGCCCCAAGCCCCUGCAUUCCUGUCCGGGUGCCCCUUCCCUUCGGGCAUAUCCUCUCCUCUCCGUGAUCACCCGACAGCCUGCGGUCAUCUCCCACCUGGUCCCUGCCAGCCCGGGAAUUGGCCAGGCGCUAUCUCGCCGGCCUGUCGCUGAGGCCGGGUCUGCUGAGACCCCGGGCGGUGAGGCUUUGGCGAGCAGCGAGUCAGAGACGGAGCAACCCACGCCGCGGCAGAAGAAGCCCCGCCGCAGUCGCACCAUCUUCACGGAGCUGCAGCUCAUGGGCCUGGAGAAGAAAUUCCAGAAGCAGAAGUAUCUGUCCACCCCAGACAGGUUGGACCUGGCACAGUCCCUGGGGCUCACUCAGCUGCAGGUGAAGACUUGGUAUCAGAACCGCAGAAUGAAAUGGAAGAAAAUGGUUCUUAAAGGUGGACAGGAAGCUCCCACUAAGCCCAAAGGUCGUCCCAAGAAGAACUCCAUCCCCACGUCGGAAGAGAUUGAGGCCGAAGAGAAGAUGAACAGCCAGGCCCAGAGCCAGGAGCCUGUGGAACCCUUGCAGGCACAGGAGGAGCCUUGUGAGGUGCAGGACCCCAAAACCUGCGAGGGCCUCUUGGACGUGGUGGCAGAACAGCCAGGCCAGCCGCAGGAGGUGCAAGCAGUCUCUCUGGAACCCCCACCGUUAAGCUAAAAGAAAAGUCUUUAGAGGGUCGGGGAGACAGGGAAGGAGGGGGAAAAGAGAGAAGUCAGGAGCAAUGGGAGAAAAUGAGCUUCCAGCAGCCUGGGAGACUGAGAGAAGAGGUGCACCUUUCUCCUGUCCUCCCGAAGUUCUCAAUGGCGUGUCAGCAUGGGCAUUUGAAGGAGGCGCACAGACAUGCGCUGUUCUCUUCCUAAAAGGCAGCUUAUCCAGGAAGCCCUUGAUGAAGGGAGUCAGCACCUUGCAGCUGCCUGCCCUGGCUGGGGCUGGGGAACCCCUGUUGUGGGGCCACGAACCCCUCCUGCCACCUGGGCGACUGCUGCUGCUGUCAUCUCCCUGCUGGUCCCUGGGCAGCCAUCAGAGCAGAGGGUUCGAAGCACUUGGGGCAGUUGUCCAGGCUCUUUGCUGACUCAGCACUUACUUCUGUAGCUUUA